AUGUCUGACGGAGACGUUCAACCACCAAAGCCCUCGGCCUCGGUCGUUCCUGAGGCACACGAGGUAGACACUUUCCACGUGCCGAAAGCCUUCUUCGAAGAGCUCUGGAAGGAGUCAAUUGAGAAGCCAGACCAGUUCUGGGGGCGCAUGGCCCGCGAGCUGCUCACAUGGGAGAGAGAUUUCCAGACUGUGCACAGUGGCUCCCUUGCCAACGGCGACAAUGCGUGGUUCGUCGAGGGUCGCUUGAACGCAUCCUACAACUGUGUGGAUCGCCACGCCUUCAAGAACCCCGACAAGACAGCCAUCAUCUACGAGGCUGACGAGGUCAACGAGGGCCGCAAGAUCUCGUACGGCGAGCUCUUGCGCGAGGUCUGCAAGUUGGCCUACACUCUCAAGCAGAUGGGCGUCAAGAAGGGCGACACUGUUGCUCUGUACAUGCCCAUGAUUCCUGAAGCUGUCAUUGCCUUCCUUGCUUGCACUCGUAUUGGUGCUGUCCACUCUGUCGUUUUCGCCGGAUUCUCGUCCGACUCGCUGAAGGACCGCAUCAUUGACGCAGACUCCAAGGUCGUCAUUACCACUGAUGAGGGCAGACGUGGUGGCAAGCUCAUUGGCACCAAGAAGAUCGUCGACGAUGCACUCAGCAAGUGCCCUGGCAUCAAGCACUGUUUGGUGUACAAGCGCACUGGUGCAGAUGUGCCCAUGACUGAGGGCCGUGAUCUGUGGUGGCACGAGGAGGUCGAGAAGUACCCCAACUACAUCGCUCCCGAGCCCAUGAACUCCGAGGACCCCCUCUUCCUCCUCUACACAUCUGGCUCGACCGGCAAGCCCAAGGGUGUCAUGCACACCACCGGUGGUUACCUCCUGGGUGCCGCUGCUACUGGCAAGUACGUCUUCGACAUUCACGACAACGACAUCUUCUUCUGCGGCGGUGACGUUGGUUGGAUUACUGGUCACACAUACGUCGUUUACGCACCUUUGCUGCUUGGUGUUGCAACGGUCGUUUUCGAGGGUACUCCCGCAUACCCCGAUUUCAGCAGAUACUGGGACGUGGUUGCCCAGCACAAGGUCACACAGUUCUACGUUGCUCCUACCGCUCUGCGACUCUUGAAGCGCGCUGGUGACCACUUUGUCAAGCACGAGAUGGAGCACCUGAGAGUUCUGGGCAGUGUCGGUGAACCCAUUGCUGCAGAGGUGUGGAAGUGGUACUUUGAGAUUGUUGGAAAGGAGGAGGCUCACAUUGUCGACACCGGCUCGCACGUCAUCACUCCCCUCGGCGGUGUCACCCCUACCAAGCCCGGUAGCGCUUCCCUUCCCUUCUUCGGUAUUGAGCCCGCAAUCAUCGACCCCGUCUCCGGCGAGGAGCUUCACGGCAACGACGUCGAGGGUGUUUUGGCCUUCAAGCAGGCAUGGCCUAGCAUGGCCCGCACCGUCUGGGGCGCACACAAGAGAUACAUGGACACAUACCUGAACGUCUACAAGGGAUACUACUUCACUGGUGACGGUGCUGCUCGUGACCACGAGGGUUACUACUGGAUCCGUGGCCGUGUCGAUGACGUUGUCAACGUCUCCGGUCACCGUCUGUCCACUGCCGAGAUCGAGGCUGCUUUGAUCGAGCACAGUGCCGUCGCAGAAGCUGCCGUCGUCGGUGUUGCAGACGAGCUUACUGGCCAGGCAGUUGCCGCCUUUGUGGCCAUCAAGAACGGCAACGACGCCAACGACGCUCUUCGCAAGGACUUGAUCAUGCAAGUAAGGAAGAGCAUUGGUCCUUUCGCUGCACCCAAAGCCAUUCACGUAGUUCCCGACCUUCCCAAGACCCGCUCUGGUAAGAUCAUGCGCCGCAUUCUGCGCAAGAUUUUGGCCGGUGAGGAGGACCAGCUUGGCGACAUCACUACUGUUGUGCACGCCAGCAAGAAGUAA